AUGUGGCGAAAAAGGCCAUGGUCUCCUUUUGCAAGGCCGUCAUUUCUCAGAAGGAGGCAGCAGAGAGGGAUCGUGAAUCUUGAGCAGGUGGGAAGUAAAUCCAGAAUUGGAAGAGACCUUACAGUGUGCAGUCGACCGAGAAUGUCACGCAUGAAACCACAGUGGCAGUUACAAGCUAUAGCUGCUCAAAGAAGAGACAAUGAGCUACGUCGAGCUGAAGAACUUAAGAAGGUGGCUAAUUAUUUUGAACUUAACACCAAUAAGUCCAGACAUCAUGAACAAUGGACAACUGAAGGAUACUAUGAGAAAGCUAAGAAAGAAGCUGAGCUGCUUAGUGAAAAGAAAAUUAGAACUGCACAACUAGAAGAAAGACGAAAGAAGCUAGAGUUAAUGCUAUUUCAGGAGAAUAUGCAGUACCAGGAAGAGCUCAAAGCCUUGGCUUCACAACCUAAAUAUUAUAAAAAUGGUUCAUAUCUAAACAAAGUACCAACGUCGACGUUGCAAGAGAUCAACCAAGGUAUUAUGGAAAAGGAGGAACAACUUCGGAAACAGGAAGCCGAGUUAAAAUUGUACCAUGCAUGGAGGUUGAGGCAGCCUGAGUUGAGAGCUGCUAGCUCUUACAUUGCUAAUGGCAAGUUAAAGUCAGCUUGGAUGGAGCAGAUAGUAGAGAAAGAGAUGCAGAAGAAAAAAGAAGAUGAGGACACGCGGAAGAUUCUGCAAGAGAGAGACGAGGUGCUCCGUCGCCAGAUACAGAUAGAAGAAGAGAGAUUACGGGAGAAGGAGCUGCAAAUGAAGGAGCUCAGAAAUAGUUUAGAAGGACAAAUAGCAGAGCUAAGCGAGAAAGAGACGGUAGUCAAGAAACUACGAAAACUAGAAGAAAGAGAGAGGUUGAUACUGGAAGAGCUACAAAUGCUAACAAGUGAAAGAGAAAGAGAACAUGCGAAGCUUGUGGCUAAUAGAGAUGUACAUAUAAUUAAUAUGGGCCUACAUAAGUACAAUUUGAAAAGAAAAGUAAUAGCGGUCAUUAAUGAAAUUGAUCUGGAAUUGCAAAUGUUGGCAAAAAUAAGGAAUAGUGUUUUGAAGGACUACGAAGCAAAUCGUGAAAAAUGUGCAAAUUACAAACGUACCUUGGACGCGGCGCUGCGGGAGUUAGAGGAGCACAGAGAGAGGGAGCGACAAAGACAGAAGAAUAUAGACGUAAUGUAUGAUGGUGAAGCGAGGCAGAUUAAUGAGAAACAAGAUAAGCUCUGGGCAAAAGAACGUGAGGCGCGUAGCAAUCUAAUGAAGGAAGUUAUCAAAACUCUCAAAAAACAAGUAGAAGAGAAGAUCGAGGCGAAUAUUCGUUUGCAAAAGGAGAACGUGUUAGAGCGAGAGAAGAUUCUAGAACAAAUGGACAGCUUCCAUCAGGACGUACGCGCUAAAGAGAGGGAAACUCAGCUCAAGGACUCGUCAUAUUCAACUAUAACGGCUUUACAGUCACAGUUAAACGGUCUCCGCCUACAAAAGGAACAGAUAGAAGAAAUAGCGUCCCGCGAGGCCGAGUUGCGCGAGGCCGCGCUGCACGAGCGGCUCCUACGUUCUGAGAUCGCCAAAGCACAGAGAGAAGGAAACACACAAGCCUGGGCA